AUGUUCGAAUUGUGCUCCAUUUACGAGGGUCGUCUGAAAAGUUUUGAGCCUCAUCACGAAGAUGGCGUUACUCGUCAAAGCCAUUUUGGCAAUACGUCUACGCAAAUUAAAGCCGAGUUGGACGCUGUUUACGGAGACUCUGUCCCAUCAUUUGCCACUGUGAAAAAAUGGGUAGCUGAAUUUAAACGUGGUCGUACCAACUUAGCUGAUGAUGAGCGUUCGGGAUGGCCAACAACUGCGAUCACCACCGAUAACAUCGAAGAAAUUCAUCAAAUGAUAAUGGACAACCGUCGAAUUAAGGUUAGGGAGAUAGCAGAGGCUGUUGGCAUAUCAAAAGAACGUGUUUGUCAUAUACAUAUUGACUGA